CGACGGGCGCGGGGCCCCGGGGCGGCAUGCCCGUGGAGACCCUGCAGGCCGGCCACGCGAUGAAGGGGGUGUCGAGCACGGCGCCCUUCACCUCGGCCAUGCCCUUCCGCAUCCUCAACAAGGGCCCCGAGUACUUUCGGCGGCAGGCGGAGACCGGCGCCCGCAAGCCCAGCGCGGUGGAGCGGCUGGAGGCCGACAAGGCCAAGUACGUCAAGAGCCAGCAGGUAGCCAGCACCAGGCAGGAGCCGGUGAAGCCGCUGGUGCUCAAGCAGCCGCUCUUCGCGCCCGGCGUGCGGAAGGCCAUGCUCACCCCGAGCCGCCGGACCCCGCCGGGGGGGCGCCGGGUGGAGGCCUGCGGGCCCAAGCCCUCCCUGAACCUGGAGAUCCUCAACAACCUCAUCAACCUCUGCGACAGCCCCUUGCCCUUCCCCAAGCCCGAGAGCCCCCUGGGCAUGGAGCGCAAGUGGAAGGCGGAGACGCCCGAGCCCCCGGGCACGCCGCGCGGCAAGGCCCCGACGGAGGGCAUGAGCAAACUGUCGGAGAGCUCCGGCGCCUCCAAGCCCUCCAGCACGGUGGCCGUGCGCCGCGUGGACGUCCGGCCUUGCGGGGCCCUGCGAGCCCGGGGGGCUCCGGCCGUCCCGGUGACCCCGGCACCCGCAUCGCCCGCCAAGGCCCGGGUCCCUCCUGCCAGCCCGCUGGGCUUGCCGAGCCCCCAGGACGGGCGGGCGGACGGCGCCCGGCGGCAAACGCUGCUGCACCGCUCCAAGUCGGACCUGAGCGACCGGUACUCGCGGGCCACGGCCGACCUGGAGCGCUUCUUCAACUACUGCGGGCUGGACCCCGAGGACGUGCGGGACAUGGGGGUGGAGCACUUCGCCCGCGCCAGCUCCGACAUCGUGUCCGUCAAGUUCCACAGCGUGAGCACGGCCAGCUCGGAGGGCGCCCGCUCGCAGCGCAGCGCCGCCACGCUGGAGGAGAAGCCGCCCGAGCGCAUCCCCUACGGCAUCUCCGUCGUCGAGCGCAACGCCCGCGUCAUCAAGUGGCUGUACGGGCUGCGGCAGGCCCGGGAGCCCCAGAAGGUCUCCAACGUAUAGCAUCUCCCCGAGGCCCCGGACCGGGGGUGUUCGGUCUCCUGCGUGGGUCUGGCAGGGCUCCCCUGGAAACAAGGGGGGGGCUUUGAAUUGCAGCUCUUCCCGCGGCUCCUUGCCUCCUGCCUGGAUGGCAGAGCCCUGGACUCGAGGGACUCGAGCACUGGACGCAGCCGCCCCGAGAGGAGCUGGCCUUUUUAAAAGCACAAGCUAAAAAUAGAGAGCCGGGGCUAUCGUCCCUGCGAGCCGGUCUGGGGGCCGAGGAGCAGCCGCAGCUGCUGAGCACGAUCCAGGCUCCGGCGCCCGCCCGCACGGUCCCGGACCCCCAGGGGCCAGGCCGCGGAGCAGACUCUCUGCAGACGUGGCACGAGGCUGACCUCGGGCAGAAAAGUCCGAGACUGGCCCAGGGGAUCUGAGCUCGGACUGUCCUGGCUGGGCCCCGGCUUCCCCGUGGGGUUGGUGGGAAGGGGGCUGUGGCCGCCUGAGAGCAACCCCCUGCAAGCGGUCUGGCUGUUG